AUGACGCGCCGCAUCGUGCGCACGCUGCUCCAGGCGGCUGCCGCCCUCAUCACAACCCUCGUUCUCGUUCUCGUCCUCGAUCGGAAUUACCGCGUACUUCCGAACUCGCUACAUGCUCACAUGCCCACGCACCACCCUGGUCUCGUGGUGACAGACGUUACGAUUGCACAAUGCUCGAGCGUCAACGUCUUCUCGUCAUGCAACUUGGACAAGCAGAAAUGGACACGGGUAGAAAAGGAUCUGCUUUUGGGAAAAUCAUGGACAAGCAGCGCUUAUCUGUUUGUCAGCCGGAAGAGGGAGGAAGACUUGAUCGAAGGCGAUAGUGUCGUGAUGGACGUGACAGUCGGACGCCUCAACCCGGGUAGCGGCUCCGGGGCCUCGGAGCAGUGGGAGGCUCGGCCGUCCGGGAUAUGGAUCAAACGUUCCAUGAGCCACAAGGCGAGCGACGAUAACCAGGCCAUUACGGAUGUGGACGUUGUCUUUGGAGACGAUGCCGUGGAGGCACGUGGGCACUGGACCAUUGUGGGCACACCACUACUCCUCAACACGGAGAACCACUUCAGCGCUCACCUCACCGUCCGAAGAGGGCCCCAUGUCGUAGAGAAGCCGCCGAAACCUAGGUUCAACGAUAACGGGCGCUUCCGGAUCAUGCAGGUGGCUGACCUCCACCUCAGCACGGGCGUGGGCAAGUGUCGCGAUGCGGUCCCCGACAAGUACCACAACGGCCCCUGCGAGGCCGAUCCGAGGACUCUCGAAUUCAUGGCCAAGAUGCUCGAGGAGGAGAAACCGGACCUCGUCAUUCUCAGCGGCGACCAAGUCAACGGCGACACCUCCCCCGAUGCGCCAUCGGCCAUCUACAAGUUUGCCAAACUCCUCAUCGAGCGCAGCAUCCCCUACGCCUGCAUCUUUGGCAACCACGACGACGAAAAGUCCAUGUCCCGCGCCGCCCAGAUGGCCAUCCUCGAGUCGCUGCCCUACUCCCUCUCCCUCGCCGGCCCCGAGGACGUCGACGGCGUGGGCAACUACUAUAUUGAGGUCCUGGCGCGCGGCAAGUCGGACCACUCCGCCCUGUCCAUCUACAUGCUCGACACGCACGCCUACUCCCCAGACGAGCGCAAUUUUCCUGGGUAUGACUGGAUCAAGCCCUCGCAGAUCAACUGGUUCCGCCACACGGCCGAGAAGCUCAAGGCCAAGCACAAGGAGUAUACCCAUCGCCACAUGGACAUUGCCUUUAUCCACAUCCCGCUCCAGGAAUACCUCGACAGCACGAACCCCCGCCUGGGCGCCUGGCGCGAGGGCGUCACGGCGCCCACGUACAACUCUGGCUUCCGCGACGCCCUCGUGGAGCAAAACGUCGUCAUGGUCAGCGCCGGCCACGACCACGCCAACGAGUACUGCGCCCUCUCCAUGCAGGACGAGGCCGACAAGGAGGAGCAGACCCCCGCGCUGUGGAUGUGCUACGGCGGCGGCAUCGGGUUCGGGGGCUACGGCGGCUAUGGCGGUUACGUCCGUCGUCUGCGCAUGUUUGAAAUUGACGCCAACGAGGCCAAGAUUACGACCUGGAAGAGGAUCGAGCACGGGCGCAAGGUUGGCGAGAGGCACGAUGAGCAGGUUCUCGUGGAUGGAGGGCGUCCUGUCGCGCCGCAGGGAGGAACAUAG